GUUCUCAAAUCCUUGUUCUCACGAAAUGAAUGGGCGUGUUUUGUUUUGAAAUGAACUGGAACGGCGCUUUUCUCGAAGUUCAAGUUGGCGGUGCGCGACACCUGCGAACGAUUUUCAGGAAAUAGGCGUGUCUCUAGCUUUCAAGUUGCUUCAUAUUCAAGUGUUUGAGUAUUUUCAAUCAAAUAAUAUUUAUUUUUCCCAGCUAGGUCAAAAAGUCCAGUCGCCAUGGCCGUGAAUGUGUACGCCACCGGUCAGACCACUGACAACAUGAGUCGACACGACAUGCUGGCCUGGGUCAACAACUGCCUGGAGGCCAACUUCGGCAAGAUUGAGGAACUCUGCACGGGCGCUGCCUACUGCCAGUUCAUGGACAUGAUGUUCCCAGGAUCCGUCUUGAUGAAGAAGGUUAAAUUCCAAACAAAUCUCGAGCACGAGUACAUCCAAAACUUCAAAACUCUGCAGGCCUCCUUCAAGAAGAUGAGUGUGGACAAGGUGGUGAGCAUCAAACAGCUGGUGCGGGGCAAGUUCCAAGACAACUUUGAGUUUUGCCAGUGGUUCCAUCGGUUCUUCGAAGCCAACGGGGGCGCACAGGCGGCAGCCGAGUACGACGCGCUGUCGGCGAGGGGCGGCUCUGUGAUGGGUCGCCUGUGGAGCCAGCAGCGAGCCAACGUAGCCCGAACCGGCUCCUCGAGAUCCACCGGCUCAGCGUCCGCGGCCCCGGCGGCCCGGUCGGCGCCGGCUGCUCGACCUGCAGCGCCUCGCGCGGCCCCUGCCGCCAGGUCAGCCGCCGGUGACAGCCGACAGGCGGAGGUGGACGAGCUGACAACACAAGUCCAGACGAUGCAACUGACCUUGGAGGACUUGGAAAAGGAGCGAGACUUUUACUUCGGCAAACUGAGGGACAUUGAAGUCAUCUGCCAAGAGGAAGAAGGCACCAACAGCGACCUCAUCCAGAGGAUCCUCGCCAUAUUGUACGCCACAGCGGACGGUUUCGCCGUGCCAGACGACGAGGAGGAGGUCCCGCCACCUCCAGGCGACGACGAAUACUAGUCGACCGCCGACCGCCGCUGCAUUCCAAAGGGCCGGCUCAGCAUGAGAGCUCAGCUCAACCGGACUGCCCGAUAGCUCUAUCCGACUGAGGAGCGUGUUCAGCUCUGCGCUCUGCCCGGAGACGUCACUCCAUGCUGCCCCGCAGAGCUCCGAUCUGAGCCGGCCGGCCGUCUCGCGCUCGGCGCCAUUCCAGUGUGGGCCGCCCGGUGCGGCCGUCCGCCGUCCGCCUGCCUCAGCGGCUAACCCGCUAACACCGCUCACAGACAGUGGCCCGGCCCAGCCGCCGCCGCCGCCCAGAGGACGAUAUUACCGCGGUCACCUGCCGUUACCGCCCGUGUGCCGUGUGUGUUUGUGGUUGUGAGGUUGCGCCCGUCGCCGAGCCCGACCGGGCCGGCCGACGGGCGCCAUGUUGUGUCGGCCACCGUUUUACUGGCGGCGCUUUAAGCCUUCUAAUUUAAUUAUCGAAAUAUAUAAUUACAUUGUACA